ACUUUGCGUUAGACUUGCACGAGAACUGCAGAUUUGUGUUGCUGCGGCAAUUUCCUAGCUCUCAACUGAUCUCACUGCUAUAUCGGUGCAAUGGCUCCUUACUGUGACGUAAACGUUGAAGAUGUCGAGCCGAUGUCUCGUACAUACCAGUAUCGCAAAGUGAUGAAACCAUUAUUGGAACGUAAACGAAGAGCUAGAAUAAACAGGUGUUUGGAUCAACUCAAAGACCUUAUGGUUGGUGCCUUACAGAAAGAUGGUGACUCCAUCACCAAACUCGAAAAAGCCGAUGUUCUUGAGUUGACCGUGAACCAUUUGAAGAAGCUCAAACAUCACAACGCAUUGGCCAUCCCAGCUCGCUCACAUUCUCAAGAAAAAUUCAACAGUGGUUUCCGCCAGUGCGCCAGUGAAGUGUCCAAGUUCAUAAAAUCUGCACCUGGAAUCGAUGUACAAGUUUCAAAUAGUCUCUUGGGUCAUUUAGGAGGUGUUAUCAACCACUUGGAUGAGCUCGCGUGCUCCAUUCAGAAUUCAUCCGUUCAACAGUCAUCCACGUAUAGCACCACCAACACCUCUUCAACAACCCCAGUCACCGUGAGCAUCCCGAGCAAAAUGUACACCCCACCAGCCAGCCCUGAUCACACCUUGCACCAACCUAGACCCAGCGCUGCUCAAACUGGAGUUUCAUCCGUCAGUCGAUCUGCGGAAUCUUCGUUUGUACCAGUCCACCCUCAAGCCAGCUUGCACCCGAGCUUCCGACCAUCCAACGACUGCAGUUACAAAUUAAAUUCUUAUUCUCAGCGACAUCGCGUGAGUCCACUCGCUCCUCCGAGCCCUCCUUUAUCUGUCGGUUCUCCAUCACCUGUUCAUCACUUCAACAGUCGUCCUUCAUCAUCUUCUUCUUCCGUUGAAUAUCCAGCAUCUUCCCCGAAAUCAACUUCACUCUCCCUCGGCCUGCUCAGCUCUUGUCAACAUCCAGAAAUCACAGACGGACCAAUUUGGCGACCCUGGUGACUCGGCGACUGCCCGGCGAUUUUGUUUAAAUUUGAACCACAUUGUACCUGAUUGUAGACUGCUUAACAUUCGAUUGCACUGUUAUAUUGUAGUCUUUUUAGGGUUUUCAACUAAGCUGACUUUAUGUUGAAUGCAAGCUUUUCUUGAUGUGUUAAUCGAAUUUUUGUAAUUGUCUACAAUGACUGUAUUGUACCAAACCUCAGGAAUUUCUAAGUUUGGAAUUGUUAUGCUGAAAGUCUAGGGCAUUUGUGCGCCGAGGUUCGUCGACUGUUGUUCCAUUACUUUCUUUGGGACGCCUACGAAAUUUUCGUCUGUGAUAUGCUGUGAUAAGACAUUUAUACAUAUUUUUAUCUAUUACAUGCCUUUUAUGAAUAUAUAUCGA